AGCCCUGCUGGUUCAUGCCCAGUUUUUCGUGUUUCUCUGAUGCAUUCAUACUCUUGCUGAGUGCUUCAGUGCUGCCCCCAGCUUGACAAUUGUGUCUCUAAGUAGCACCUAACCUCGAAAACUAUAAGUAUAAUCAGAACAGAAGUUUCACGUAAACAGAAUCUUGGAAAAUAAUUGACAACCAAAAUCGAACGAUGCAUGGAGUCGAAUUCCAGCUCCGCCUUCCAGGGAAUGCGGAGUUUGCUAGCCGUCAAAAGCUCCUCUUCGACAAGUUGUCUACUGCCGAGGAAGAGUGCAACAAAACUAAAACCCAAAUCUCGAACAUUAACAUGGAAGAUGUAAAUUUCAUCGAAGAUGUUGAUGUUGGCAUUGGCAUUGAUGUCAACGUUGACAGUCAUGUUUACAGGUCGCAGUUAUUAAAACUAGGUAGGAAAACUAUAACGAGUAGAUUCCGAGGGCGCGAGAGCAUCUUCAAGAGGCCUGAAGGACCUGCGCCAAGAGCGGCAAACCAUACCAUCCCCGAUUUCCACAGAAACCCGCAUCGUUGGACUAAGUACAGCCUCGAGGACGUCGCCAAUGAGGAUUUAAGCGAGGAAAGCAAUACCAGGGCUGCCCUGUCGUUUCUUAAGGAACUAAAAGCUAGGAGGAAAUCAGAGGGGAAGAAACAUAUUGAAGAUUCUGGGAGGAUUUUGUUUAAGUCUAAAGGGAAACGUGGGAAGAUCGUAAAGAAAGAAGAAGGAAAAAAUGAAUUUAAUGUUAAUGGUAAAGAGUCUAAGUUGUAUUGUGGGAGGAAUUUGGAGGAGAGUGGACAAGAGCAGAAGGCUGUGUUUAGAGGCAGUAGAGUUGUGAUGCCAGAAUAUGUUGUCGGUGAUAAAAAGAUUAAUAAUAAUAAUAAGGUUAAAAAAGGGAAGAGUGUUGGAAAAGUAGAUAGGGCAAAGCAAUUAAAAUUGGCUCACUUAGAAGAGAUCGAUGAUUAAUAAACUUAAUACUUAAUCCUUAAGUUUGACUUAUGUUUUCUAAGAAGCGAUCUUAGGAUUUGAAAAUUCAUUUAAUGAAAGGCGUCGACUUAGAAAUUCGAAAAAUUCUAUAAUAAACAGUCUUCCACAUA